CGAGAGUUGCUCCCAUCAGGUCAUGUGACAAUUCAAGAUGGCAGUACCCAGCGAGGCAGAGGAAGAGACUGUGAUAUAUUUAAUAGUGAGCGGUAUCCCCGCCGAGUUGCGCUCGGCCCAGCUACGAAGCUACUUCAGUCAGUUCCGGGAACAGCGUGACUGUGGCUUCCUCUGUUUCCAUUACAGGCAUCGGCCUGAGUGGGCCCCUCCCCAUGCUGCUCGGGACCCUUCCCCAACGAACCGCCAGCUUCUCGCCCAGGCUUCAGCCCCAGAUGUACCUGCUCUUCCCAGUCGGGACUCUGCUGCCGCCCAGACCCGCACUUGCUGCUGCGUCAUCUCAGUACGUGGGGAGACCCAAGCCCAGAAACUUCUUCGCAUGUAUUCGGGUCGCCGGUGGCUGGAUCCACAGGGGGUUUGGUUACCAGGUCGCUGUCUCAUCCGCAGACUUCGGCUACCUACUGAGGCAUCAGGUUUGGGCUCCUUUCCCUUCAAGACACGAAAGGAACUCCAGAGUCGGAAGGCCAAGAGUGAGGCCUUCACUCUUGCUGAUCUGAGGCAAUUGCCUGAACUGAACCCACCUGUGCUGAUGCCCAAUGGGAAUGUGGGGACUCCCCUUCGAAUCUUUUCAGAGCUGAUCCGGGCCUGCCGCCUACCUCCUCGGAUCAUCACCCAGUUGCAGCUCCAGUUCCCUAAGACAGGUUCCUCCCGGCGCUAUGGCAAUGUGCCCUUCAAGUAUGAGGACUCAGAGACUGUGGAGAAGGAAGAGCAUGUGUACACAGCUGAAGGAGAGGAGAUACCCCAGGGAACCUUCCUGGCAGAUGUACCAUCCAGCCCCUGCAGAGACCUGGAACAGCAAGGGGAAAAGGAAGAGGGAGAGUCAUCCCAUUCAGAUGAUAAUGGGAAUAACAGUAUUACUGAUGUGGUUAGAGGAAGUGAGUUUUGUGAAGGCUUGACAUCACAAACAGAUGAUGACCGGGGUGAGGAGUGGGAGCGGCAUGAAGCACUGCAUGAGGAUGUGACCAGGCAAGAGCGCACCUCUGAGCGACUCUUUGAGGAGGAGAUCGAGCUCAAGUGGGAGAAGGGCGGUUCUGGCUUGGUGUUCUACACUGAUGCCCAAUUCUGGCAGGAGGAAGAAGGAGACUUUGAUGAACAGACAGCUGAUGACUGGGACGUGGACAUGAGUGUGUACUAUGACAGAGAUGGUGGAGAUAAAGAUGCCCGAGAUUCUGUCAAAAUGCGCCUGGAACAGAGACUCCGAGAUGGCCAAGAGGAUGGCUCUGUGGUCGAAUGCCAAGUGGGCACCUUUGAACGCCACACCAAGGGUAUCGGGCGGAGAGUGAUGGAGCGUCAAGGCUGGGCUGAGGGCCAGGGCUUGGGCAGCCAGUGCUCAGGGGUUCCUGAGGCCUUGGAUAAUGACGGUCAGCACCCCAGAUGCAAGCGUGGAUUGGGUUAUCAUGGAGAGAAGCUACAGCCAUUUGGACAACUAAAGAGACCCCGUGGAAGGGGCCUGGGACUUAUAUCCACCAUCUAUGAUGAACCUUUGCCCCAGGACCAAGGGGAGUUGUUGCUUCGUCGCCAGCCACCCACUAGCAUGAAGUUUCGGACAGAUAAGACCUUUGUGAAGGGUUCUAACUCUGCCUUGGACGGCCCCUCAGAGCCUGAGUGACAGGUUUGGGCAUUUCCUUAAUUUUGAUCACUCUUAACUGCACUGGGGCUGCCCCAGCCUUAUCUUCCUCAAAGAACGAAGGAGAUUGGAAGCAACGAUCUGCUCAGCUUGAUCAGGGAGCUUCCUUCUUUGCUUGCCUUCCAGCACUCUACCUCAGGGACAGACAUUUUUACUGAAAGCCCCCAGUCCUCCCCUUUGAUGGUGAGACUUAGUGAACUCUCUUCUUUGGUCUCCUAAGCAAGUUCUUGUUUAACUAGCCUCAACUUGCCUUCAAUCCGAUAUCCUGAAAAGCACAGCCUUUCUUGUGGGUGGCGGUAAGGGUGGUGAUGCUGAAAGCAGCAAGAGGGAAAGGGCCCCAGAACAGGGUGUGUGGUUCUAGGUAGAAUCCAUCUUGGGCGGAACCUCCACUGCUUCUGCCUCUCACGAACUGAGAUCAAUCACUGGAGAGUUCAUAGGAGGUGGCCCAGGCUUGCAAACUAACGGGAGAAUAAAGAAGUUUACAACCAGAUUUUUCUCUCCUAA